AUGGCCACGCGCGACCGCGCCGCCCGCCUCGGCACGCCCCGCCUCCUCAAGGAGAACGACGCCCAGUACGGCAAGCGCCAGCGCACCGCCGCGCCCGCGCGCCCGCCGCUACAGAACGCCCCCGCGCCGCCGCCGCCGCCCGCCGAGGCCCCCAUCGAGUUCGCCGGCAGGGACGACGUCGACGCACUACUCAACGAGAAGAUGAAGGGCAAGAACAAGAUGGACUACAAGGGCAAGAGCGAGCAGAUGAUCGAGUACAUCAAGAAGCUGCGAGCUUGCAUCAAGUGGUUACUCGACAGGGAGGAUGCCAACCUCGCCGAAAUCGGGAAGCUCACCGGCCUAAUCGACGCCGCAGAGAAGAAUCAUACUGAAGCAGUGGCUCAGCUGGAAAGCAAAAUCCAAGAAACGGUGGCCAUAAAGGAGGAGCUUCAGAGACAGUACGCCUCUCUAGAGGACAAUCUUAAGAAGGUGGAAGCUGAGAAGAUGGAUUUGAUUCGGUCUUAUGGAGAUGAAAAAGAGGCUAGGGUUGCUGCAGAGUCAUCAAGAAAUGAGCUCUCAGAAGAACUUAACAGAGUUAAGUUGGAUCAGAAACGUCUAAAUGAUCAGAUCAAGAUGCUCCAAGAUACUAACAAGAGGCUUCAGGAAUACAACACUAGCUUGCAGCAAUAUAAUUGCAAUCUCCAAGCAGAUGCAACAAAGAAUGCUGAGACGAUAGCAAAGCUGCAAAAGGAGAAGAAUACCAUGGUUGAAACAAUGAAUGGUUUGAAGGACCAUGCUAACUCAGUAAAACUGCAACUGGAUAUAGCAAAGUCCUCGCAGAGUGAAGCUUUAAGGCAAAAGAAUGAUCUAUUGAAGGAGGUUGAUACUCUUAGAUGUGAACUGCAGCAAGUAAGAGAGGACCGUGAUCAUAAAGCAGCUGAAAUAAGUUCAUUGUUGAGUGACUUGAGCGCACACAAGGAACUAACAGGAAAGACGUCAAUGGAAAUAGAGAAUAUCCUGACUAGAUGUGGAGCCCUCGAGGAAACUUGUUCAACUCAAAGUGAAAGGAUAAGAACACUGGAAAUUCAGCUCGCAUCGGCUAAUGAAAAGCUCAAGCGAUCUGAUUUGACAACCAUGGAGACAAUGACCGAGUAUGAGAACCAAAAGAGAAUUUUGGAGGACCUGCAACUACGUCUUACGGAAGCUGAGCAAAAAAUUGUGGAUGGAGAGAAUUUGCGCAAAAAGCUACAUAACACUAUACUUGAACUUAAAGGAAAUAUCCGCGUCUUCUGCCGAGUACGACCUUUAUUGUCAAAUGAGUCAGGAGCAGUUUCUUAUCCAAAGACUGGAGAAAAUCUAGGCCGUGGUGUCGAAUUGCUGCAUAACACACAAGCAUAUUCAUUUGCGUUUGAUAAAGUGUUUGACCAUUCGGCAUCCCAAGAAGACGUAUUCACUGAAAUUUCUCAAUUGGUUCAAAGUGCUCUUGAUGGCUAUAAGGUAUGUAUAUUUGCUUAUGGCCAAACAGGAUCUGGAAAGACACACACAAUGAUGGGCAAUCCCGAGAUCCAUGAUCUGAAAGGGUUAAUACCUAGAUCGCUCGAACAAAUUUUUCAAACAAGUCAAUGUCUUAUUUCGCAAGGUUGGAAAUAUAAGAUGCAGGCUUCCAUGUUGGAAAUCUAUAAUGAGACUAUACGUGACUUGUUAGCGACCAAUCGCACAUCUGUUCAAGAUGGUGCUGCUUCAAAGUAUAAUAUCAAACAUGAUGCCAAUGGUAAUACACAAGUGUCUGAGCUCACAGUUGUUGAUGUACGGAGUAUCAACGAAGUUUCUUCUUUGCUCAAACGGGCUGCCCAAAGCAGGUCUGUUGGAAAAACACAGAUGAAUGAGGAAUCAUCCAGAAGUCACUGUGUCUUUACACUUCGAAUAUUUGGUGUAAAUGAGGGAACUGAUCAACAAGUGCAAGGUGUUCUCAAUCUAAUUGAUCUUGCCGGCAGUGAGCGGCUUAAUAAAAGUGGCGCCACUGGGGAUAGACUCAAGGAGACUCAGGCUAUUAACAAGAGCUUGUCGUGCCUGGCUGAUGUUAUCUUCUCCAUUGCUAAGAAGGAUGAACACAUUCCAUUUAGAAACUCCAAAUUAACGUAUCUACUUCAGCCAUGCUUGGGUGGAGACUCGAAGACACUAAUGUUUGUGAAUCUGUCCCCGGAAGCAUCUUCCACGAGCGAGUCCAUUUGCUCGCUUCGUUUUGCAGCCAGGGUAAACUCGUGCGAGAUUGGCAUCCCUCGCCGUCAGACCCAAGUGCGCAGCUUGUCACAAGGAUAA